CAACCUGCGUGACAGGUGCAGCCGUGAAGGAAUAAAGGGGGAGGCUCACGCCCGAGGAACCAGCCAAACAGCAGCCCCGGUCCCCCUUCUAAAAGAAGAGGGUGGCAACUGCCUCUCCCAUACAGGAUGUAGAUCCUGGAGACCUGAGAUCCUAUCUGCUGCCGGUGUGCGCUGGUCUCCUGUCUGCCUGGCUGGGGUGCCGUCUGAUCUCCUCACACCCAGGAACAUGGAGCCCUCCAGACCGGACCUGCUACUGGGUUCACUCUUUGAGCAGCAAGAAGAUUUGUUCCCGCCGGAGGGGUUCUCAGGGUCCGAACCCGGCACUUUCAGCCUGCCUGAUUCCCACGGAUUCCCUGCCGAGAAGCUGUAUGAGGAAUGGCCAGUGAGCGGACAGGCGGGGAUGAGGGAGCGUGAAGACCCUGAUGAUUUCCUGCAGAUGAUGAUCGACCCUAACGAGGUAUACAGUACUGAAGCGAUCGCCAUUGAAUCUCCAGAGAGCGACAGCGGGUUCUCCGACGACCCUCAGCCGGACACCCCCGUUCAGUGCGAGCCCAGUACCCCGUUACCCCAGGCUGCAGCGGUGUAUGAAUUGGUGUACGAUGUUUCUUCUCUGGAGGAGAGGAACAGUCAGCGUGAAAUGAACAGAGUCAUAUCAAUACAACUGGAGGACUGGCAUUCUCCGGUGCUAAUUCCAGACGGCUGUAUAGUGAAUGAACUGCCAACGCUUCACACGUCAGCGCUCUGCAAGCCGGCAGCAUUACCCAUCCGGGUCGCCACACCAGAUCUGCUGUCAGUGGACGCCUUGUACCCAGAGCUCCAUCUGACCGAUGAAGAGAAGAGGCUUCUGUCUCAGGAAGGGGUGGCACUGCCCAGUAACCUCCCGCUCACCAAGGCAGAGGAGCGCAUCCUGAAGAGGGUGCGGAGAAAGAUCCGGAAUAAGCAGUCGGCGCAGGACAGCCGCAGGCGCAAAAAAGAAUAUAUCGACGGACUGGAAAGCAGAGUUGCUGCCUGUUCUGCUCAGAAUCAGGAACUGCACAAAAAAGUUGUCGAGCUGGAAAAACACAACAUAUCCCUGAUCACUCAGCUCCGCAAACUUCAGACCCUCAUCAAACAAACUUCCAAUAAAGCAGCACAGACCGGCACCUGCGUCAUGAUCCUGCUCUUCUCUCUGGCGCUGCUCAUCUUCCCCAGCUACAGCCCGCUGCGCUCUAGAGCCUCUCCGAACGAUGUGACCAGUUACAGACCCACGGGAGUCAUCUCUCGCAAUAUCCUGAACAAAGUGGGGUUCUCCGAGGUCCCCGAGGCUCCCGGAGUGGACAGCGUCCUCCCAGAACCUCAGCCCGAGCAGAAGAUACAAGACCCGCGCUUUCUUCCUAAGUCUAACCUUGGCCAGGAAGAGACAGGUCCUGAAAUAAAGGGACUGUUUCGGGAGCGGCAAGCCUGGGAGGAGAAGGUGCCACCCGAGUCCACAGCCGGGGUCCCAUCAAAGAAAGCGGAAGUGCCAGAAAAUGCAGACAGUAAGGAGCUCUCAAAGACUGCGCGAGGAGACGAGAUGUGAGUCUUAAACGUCUAGAGAGACCAAAGGACUCAAAGGACUGGGGAAGAAGUGACUUUCACGCUUCUAGACACAGGAAUCGGCCAACGCAAAGAGUUUUCCAAAUGAUGUAACGCUGACGCACCAGAAGAACUGAUGGGGAGGAGAAGGCUACUAAAUCAACAAACGGCCAGGUCACAGGUGUCUCCUGUACACCCUAAAAACACACACAGAUA